AUGGGGGCGAUGAAUCUUCGUAGAUGUUUGUCACCUCUCCACGCUGAAUGUGAAGCACUAAUUUGGGCAAUGGAAUGCAUGAAGACCCUCCAAUAUUCUGACGUAGUUUUUGCGACGGAUUUUUCUCAGCUGGUGAAGAUGGUGUCGACACCUGAAGAAUGGCCUGCCUUUUCUACACACAUGGAAGAAUUCAACCGAAGUAAGACGUUCUUCCCCCACUUCCGGAUCAGACAUAUUCUUAGAGCACAAAAUACCUUGGCGGACAAGCUUGCACGUGGUGCGAGGAGUUCUCCUUCAGCUUUGCUUUAUGUUGAUUCAACUCCACCGGUUUGGCUUGCUAGAUCGGUUGGAGAUUCUAGUUAG